UGCUGCCAAAAAGUUCAAGGCCAUUCACGCUUGGUGGCAAGAUAUGACAGAACAAAACUACAAGAGUUCUAUAAGACCUGCUGCUUGUGCUUCGAAUUGUUCACCAACUCAGAACACAAGCUCUGACAUUUUAAGAGAAAAUGCUGCCAUAAUCAUACAGUCUCGUUAUAGGCGAUUGUUAGAGCGUCACAAUUUUCUCAAGAUGAUGAAAGCAAUCUGUUUAGUCCAAGCUGUUAUGCAUGCGUGGUUGACUGUAAAGAAAAGUACAAAGCUCAACGAUUUCAAUUUUGCCAGUAUUCGGGAAUUUCCAUCUGAAGAACUCAGGAGAGUUGUCAGGUUUGUUGCUGAGAGACAGUUUUGUUAAUUUAAGAAGAUCAGUGUUGCUCAUACAGCAAGCUGCAAGGAUUUAUAUUGCCAAAAAACGAGAUGUAUCCCAUUGAAACCUAGUCAAAUCUGCCACUGUAAUUCAGAAAUAUGUUCGUGGUUGGAUGGUGAGGUCACACAACAUUCUUGGCCAUGCUCAUAUUGAGAAUGCAUAUUUUAAGUGCCAAGUGAAUGGUCAACGUAAUAGUGAUAUAGAAGCUGCAACCAGGAUUCAGAUUGCAUGGAAGAGUUUUCUUCACAGAUCUCAAUCCAAACAAA